CUCUGGCGGAGAGUCAGAGGGGGCGAAUGGGAAUGCUGACGAGUCAGCCAUCGUGCCUCAGUCAUUGCCGAGGUGUCGUUGCAGACGGUCGCUCGCUUUCUCUCGCUCACCGCUUUUCAUUUGUUUUUUCUUCACCGUUCGUCUUUCACCUCGGCCAGCGUCAACGCAUUCGGAUUACUCCCACUGAUUCAUUGUGCAAUCGACCAACAAAAACUGAACAAUUCCUUGUUUGUUUUCAAUUGAUCUUCUUGAUUCACAUCAGUUCAUCAACGAUUGAAAUCGAGUGCGCAACAAGCAAGUGCAACGAUUCGUUCGAUAGAGGUGCUCUUCUUUAUUGUGUUGUGUGUCUCUGUGUCUAUGUCUGUGUGUGCAAGUGCAAGACAAUCUUUUUUUAAUGUUUUGUUUUGAGUUGAUCAACUAAAAUAAAGAAAAAAAAAGGCUAGAAAUUCAAAUAGCCCCGGACUACGUAUUCAACAUGAACUGGUGGUCUCCGUGGUAGUUUUGCUCUUCAUCUUCCAACUGGAGACAUCUGCCCAUUCCAUACCUUUCUUUCUUUCUUUCCUUCCUUUUUUGAGUGUGUGUGUGCGUGUGUCGCAUCCCUUUCAAUUUCUUCGGCUUGAUUUCCGACUUGCAUCUCUCUCCCGUCGUUCCUCUUGUUCCAAUUUUUUUUGAAAGUUCGCCAGCCGAAUUGAAUGUCAAUGUCGCUGGGCUCGGCCAGCCGUCUAAUGAAUUCGGUGCGGCGACAUUCAGAACAAUCGGUCACGCUUCGACACAAAACGUCCAGCUGGAUGGCCUUCUGCAGUUGUUGGUCAGUUCACCGAGACCGGCGGAAAAUGGGCAGCCCUCAGCCUGUCCCGUCUCUCUCUCGCUUUGUCCGUUUCUUGAUUUGUUUCACCGUCACGGUCUCGUUGUUCUCGCCGACCACCGGCCUCGUCUCGCCCGUCCCAUCCGUCCCAUCCGACGGCUGUCAAUUCAGUCAAAGCAGCGCAGACGGUGGUGUUACGAGCCUUCACUGUCGAUUGCGGUCCUUCAACGCCGGCUGGAGCGGCUCGUUGAGUCGGCUGGAACAACAGUCGACCAAAGGGCUGUGGGUGGAGUGCGCCGAUUCGUCGGCCUAUCCGGUCGUUCUGCCCACGUCGGCCUUUGCCGCCUUCCCCCAUCUCGACUGGCUGCACGUCGACUCGUGUCGACUCUCUGACCUGGCCGGCAAGUCGCUGCAAGGGCUGGACAAGUUGCGCCAGCUGCGCGUACAAACCCGCAACGCCGACUGGCCUGGAACGUCGCUGACCAUUUCGGAUCAGCUGCUCAACGACGUCCGAUCGCUGGAAUCGCUGGAUCUGGCCUUGAACGACAUGCGAUCGCUGCCCAGUCGGUCGCUGUGUGCGCUGGACCAACUGGUGCAGCUCAACUUGACCGGCAAUCGCUUGAGCGAUCUGCUGUGGGCCAACACCGAAACGCGCUGCCUGCCGUCUCUCAAAGUGCUGGACAUGUCGUACAAUCGAUUGGUCACUCUAGCGGCCCGAUCGCUGGCCAACUGGACUCUGCUGGAGGAGCUCCACCUUCAGGGCAACGGUUUGGUGCGCGUCGAUGACAACAGUCUGGUCGGUCUGACGUCGCUUCGUCUGGUCAACCUGGCCGGCAACCAGCUGACCUCCCUGCCGCCUGGACUCUUCUCGUCCAGCGCCGAGCACUUGGCCGAACUGUACGUCAGCGCCAACGGGCUGACCGUCUUGGCGCCUGGCCUGUUCCGCGGCCUGACCCAGUUGCUGGUGCUCGAUCUGUCGGAGAACCACCUGACGUCGUCCUCGUUCGAGCCGACCACGCUGGCCGGCCUCUUCCGUCUGGCCGUCCUCAGUCUCCACAACAACCGCAUCUCGCGCCUGGAUGCGACCCUCUUCUCCGACCUGACCAGCCUGCAAAUCCUGCGGCUGGACGGCAACAUGCUGGAGACUCUGGCCGACGGCGUGUUCAGCUCGCUGCCUCAUUUGCAUACGCUGAUUUUGUCGCGCAAUCGCUUGACGCGCCUGGACGGCCAGCUGAUGGCCAACUUGAACUCGCUGUCCAUCUUGGCGCUGGACAACAACUUGAUCGAAGGCAUCGACGUCGCAGCUCUGUCCAACGCGACCCAGUUGCAAGAUUUGAACCUGAGCGGCAACAACCUGCCGUCCGUGCCGCUGGCGCUGGCCGCCCUCACUCGACUGCAGUCGCUCGAUUUGGGCGAGAAUCGACUGGUCGGCUUCGACCACGCCGUCCUCGACGGCAUGAAGGAGUUGUCCAGCUUGAGGCUGCUCGACAAUCAGAUCGGCAACGUCAGCCGCCACACGUUCGCCGGUCUGCCCAGCCUGCGAAUCCUCAACCUGUCCAAGAAUCAAAUCGCCGCCGUGGAGGAGGGCGCCUUCGGCCAAAACGCCUUGCUGCAGGCCGUCCGACUGGACGCCAACGAGCUGACCGACUUGACGGGCCUCUUCCACGCGCUGCCCAACUUGGUGUGGCUCAACGUCAGCGACAAUCGGCUGGCCCAUUUCGACUACGCCCUCAUCCCCAAGUCGCUGCAGUGGCUGGACAUGCACCUCAACCACAUUCCCGAGCUGGGCAACUAUUUCCAGCUGGACGAUCAGCUCUCGCUGCAAACGCUCGACGCCAGUUUCAACCGCUUGACGGAGCUGACGGCCAGCAUGCUGCCCGACAGUUUGCAAGUGCUGUCGUUGAACGACAAUCUCAUCUCGUCCGUCCAGCCGUACACGUUCUUCCGCAAGGACAACCUGACCCGGGUCGACCUGUACGCCAAUCACAUCGCCGAUCUCGAUCAGAAUGCGCUGCGCAUCUCGCCCACGUCGGACGGCCGUCCGUUGCCCGAGUUCUACAUAGGCGGCAACCCGUUCCAGUGCGAUUGCAACAUGGAGUGGCUGCAACGCAUCAACACGCCCGACCACCUGCGCCAGCAUCCUCGCGUCAUGGACCUGGAGGGCAUCUAUUGCCGUCUGUUGCACAGCAGCCGGCCUCAGCGGUCCUACGUGCCGCUGGUGGAGGCGACGCCGUCCAAUUUCCUGUGCACCUACGAGACGCACUGCUUCGCGCUGUGCCACUGCUGCGACUUCGACGCCUGCGACUGCGAGAUGACGUGCCCCACCAACUGCACGUGCUACCACGACCAGUCGUGGUCGGCCAACAUCGUCGACUGCUCGGGCGCCUCUCACCCCAACCUGCCGGAGAGGAUCCCGAUGGACGUGACGGAACUGUACCUGGACGGCGCCCAGUUGGGCGCCCUCUCCUCGCACAAGUUCAUCGGCCGCAAGAACCUGCGUCUGCUCUUCCUCAACUCGAGCGGCGUCGAGAUCAUCCACAACCGGACGUUCAACGGCCUGCGCGGCCUCUACGUCCUCCACCUGGAGGACAACCGCAUCCGCACGCUGGAGGGCUUCGAGUUCAGCGACCUGGAGUCGCUGCGCCAACUCUACCUGCACAACAACGCCAUCACGGCCAUUCAGAAUCGCACCUUCUCGGCGCUGAGGCACCUGCAGGUGCUGCGUCUCGACGGCAAUCGACUGGUCGACUUCGCCGUCUGGGAUCUCCUGUCUGACGCGGCGCAGCUGAACGCGCUGACGCUCAACGACAACCCGUGGAGCUGCGACUGCCUUUUCCUGGCCGAAUUUCGGACGGCCCUGCACGCGGCCGGCGCCAAAGUGUCCGACGCUAGUCAACUGAUUUGCGUGACCAACGAAAGGGAUUCGGUCGUCUCCAGUCUGCCCGUCCUCAUGGCCGAAGUGCUGGACGGCUCCAACCGCAGCUCGGACCGCAGCUCGGACCGCACCUCCGACCGCAGCGUCGGCCUGUGCGUCAGCCCAACGCCGUCGGCCACCACCAUCGUCCAGCAACGCGUCAUCCAGGACUAUCUGCCGCUGUUGGUCACCACGUUGGUUGCCUUCAUAGCCGUCACGCUCCUCAUUCUGCUCGUCUUCGUUUACCGGCAACCGGUGCGCGUGUGGUGCCACGCCCGUUACGGCCUCCGCCUGUGGACGGCCGGCAAUCAUUCGGCCGCAACGCCCGACAGCAAACUCUUCGACGCCUUCCUGUCGUACAGCGCCAAAGACGACGCCUUCGUCCAGCAGAUGCUGGCCACCAACUUGGAGUACGGCUCGCCGACCUACAAACUCUGCCUGCAGCAUCGCGAUUGCCCCUCGGGCGGAGGCGCUUACGGCUUGUCGGAGACCAUCAGCCAAGCGGUCGACUCGUCCCGUCGCACCGUCAUGAUCAUCUCGCCCAAUUUCAUCAAAGCCGAAUGGUGCCGCUUCGAGUACAAGUCGGCCUUGCAUCAGCUGUUUGGCACUUCGCGACAUUGCCAGUCGAAGAACAAGCAGACCAAGCGCCUGAUCGUCAUCCUGAUUGGCGACGUCACGCACAAGGACCUCGACGCCGAUCUGAAGCUCUACCUCAAAACCAAUACGUAUUUGCAGUGGGGCGAGGAUGGGUUCUGGGACAAGCUGCGUUUCGCCCUGCCUGAUCCCGUCCAGCAGGCCAACCGGACGCAACAGCAGCAGCAGCAGCAGCAGGUCCAUCAGCUGCCGUUGCAGCACACGCACCAGCAACAGGCUCACAAGACCGUUAGGCCGUGUGGAGGUCCAGCCAUCACCACCAUGGGUCCGGCCCCGUUGGCAGCCACGUCGGCGGCCAUGGCCGCCCAUCAGAUGCAUCUGCAUCAACAGCGGAGCGCGUCGCGUCCUUGCAGCGUCACCAUUCCACAGAGAACCGUCACGCUCAACAUGUCCGGCUGAAUAUUUGUUUUUUUUUUUUUUUUUUGUUCUAAUCUUUUUGUUUUUUGUUUUGUUUUGUUUUUGUGCACGUCAUUGUGAUAUCGAAAUCCCCCUCCCCUGCCUAUCUGUUUAUUUUGAUUGCGCUGCGCGAUUUUUUCUUCUUAUAGCGAAAACGGCAGUAGAUGGCGCCGUCAAUAGUUUCGUAUCAACAUUUCAAAUUCGUUACCCGAUUAACGAUCUUGUGAUAUUUCCCUCCUCCUCCCCCCUUUCUAUUAUCUCUUUCGUGUGUGUCCAGCUUUAUAAGUUUUGUGUCUACAUUAUUGCGUUUUUUUUUCUUUCCAAUGAAUUCUUUCUUUCUGCAAAACAAACAAAACAAAACACGUAUAUCAUUAUUGAAAGUUGAGUCAACAGUUUUUUUGGGUUUUUUUGGGGUGAAACAGUGGGCGUUGUUGAGUGCGAUCCUGUUCGAAUGUUUGUUCAGUCGAGUCUCUCUUGUUGAUAUCGAAAUUUUCGUCUUGUUUUUGUGUGUGUACAUGUUUCGUGACUGCCCCAUUGUAACUUGGAUGUGUAAAUGAAUAUAUCAUUCUAUUUAA